AUGGGCAAAUUCCACACCACUCUCCCUCCCUCUCUCCUGCCUUGGAUCCUCUCGCAACCCGUCUUCUUUGUCACCACCGCUCCCCUUUCUCCCCAGGGCCACAUCAACGUCUCGCCCAAAGGCACCUUCCCCAACAUCAACUCCUUUGGCUACAUUCCCACCCACGAGUCCGAACCAACCAAGCCGGCCCAAUUCUGGUAUCUCGACCUCUCCGGAUCUGGAUCGGAAACGAUUGCCCAUCUGUACGAACCGGAAAAUGGGCGGAUCACAGUCAUGUUCUGCGAAUUUGGCAAAGCGGCGCCGAGGAUUGUGAGAUUGUUUGGACGGGGAAAGGUGUUGGAGAAUGGGACGAAGGAGUUUCAAGAGUGGACCAAGAAGGAAGGCGUCGAAGUGGUCCCAGGCGCCAGAAGUGUCGUGGUGGUGGAGGUGGAGCUGGUGGGCGAUAGUUGCGGGUUUGCGGUGCCGGUGAUGGAGUUUAGGGAGAGGAGGGAGGUGUUGAAUGAUCAUUGGCGGAAGAAGGUGGAAAGGUUCGAGAAGGGACUGAGUAAGGAGAGCGUUGAACGAUACUGGGCGUACAAGAACGCUUGGAGCUUGGAUGGAUUACCGGGCAUGGAGGUGGCGAGGAAGAUGGGUGAAAAGGAGGGGAUUGUACCGAUUGAGAAGAUGGUUGGGCCGAUGGCGAGGAACUUGCCGUAUUCUCGAAGGAAUUGGUGCAGCUCAUUGAGCAUUUGGGCGGUGAUGUUGCAGGUUCUCUUGACGGCCAUUGUGGUUCUGGCCGGCGAGAGACUGAUGGGAUUUAGAUGA